AUGACGUCCAACAUCCCCGAAAUCCUCCUCCUCUGCAUGGACGAAUCCUUCAUCACAGCCUUCAAUAAAGCCCUAAAAACAACCUGGCCAUCCCCCACAAUCAAAAUAACCCCCAUAAACGAACGCCUCAACUCUCUACCCACAGGAACAACCUUCGACCUAAUCGUCUCCCCAGCAAAUUCCUACGCCCGUCUAGACGGUGCCUUCGACCACGCAAUCUCAGCAACCUUCAGCCCCCGCACCGACUACCACGCUCUGACCCGCGCCGCCCAGGCCGUCCUCUACGAGAAAUGGCGCGGUUUCGCUCCCCCAGGCUCAUGUACACUGGUCCCAUUCCCGAAACCCCUGAAGGUGAACCCGUACGGGUGCUCGUGGGUCGCUAUUUGUCCUACGAUGCGGGAACCGGGGAAUGUAAAUUGGGAUCGGGAGGUGGUUUAUGAAUGUAUUUGGAGUUUGCUGUGUCAGGUUGAAGGGUUUAAUCGGACUUGUAAGGGGAUGGGGAUUGAGAGGAUUCUUAUGACGCCGCUGGCGGUGGGGGUGGGGAAGGUUAGUAUGGAUCGGUGGGCGGCGCAGACGGUGCUUGCUUUGAAGCAUUUUGUUGAUGCUGUGGAGAAGCCGGAGAGGUGGGGGGCUUUGCAGUGGGAUGCUAUUGAGAAGGAUUGUGGGGAGGUUGAGAAGACGUGGGGGCUUUGA